AUGAACACCAUUACUUUUACAAACGAUUGGACUGUUUGUAGUCCUAAGAAAAUUCUCGAAUCUCUUCCUUCCUCUGGCAAAAUUACGUUAAUAAGUAUUCUUUUAAUUUUUUUACAAAUUUAUCAUUCAUUUUUUUCAUGUGACAAAUUUUCUAAUCCGGAAUUUCCGUCAGUGGAAUGGGAAUUAUGUUUGUAUUUAGCUCGAUAUGAUGUUAGCGUUUGGAUUAGACAAAUUGGGCCAAUAAGUUUGAACUCUCUCGUGAAUAUUAAAUAUAAGAUUUAUGCCAAGAAGGAUUUUAUACAAGUAGAUAUUGCAAAAUCUGCUACCUACAAGUUAGAAAAUCAAAAACGUUUGGGACAGACUUCAAUUAAAUUGGAUAAAGUAGUUGGUUCUGAUGGGCAUCUGAAGCUUUUUUGUGAAAUUGAAAUGGACUGUUAUAAUUUAAAUAAUAAUUUGCCCUAUACAAAUAUAGACAUGUUAAAUGAGGAAAUAUUAACUGAUUUUGUUAUUAAAGUUGAUGAUGAAGUUAUAAAAACACAUAAAUGUAUUUUGGCAAAGAAUAGUAAAGUAUUUCACAGAAUGUUUGAACAGAAUGGCAUGACUGAAGCACAAAAUGUAGGUGUUUAUUAG